CCCAGCAUCACUUUCUCGGCCGGAGGAAAGAAGGGGUAACCUUGCGGUUCUGAGCGUGGCUGGUGGAGCCCAGCGCUCGCACGGACACCGUGGCGAUGGCGUGGACCAGCUCGGGCACAGCCAGCUUGCUUCAGCUCGCUGCCUGUGGCGCUGCCAUCCAUUCUUUGUGGUCUCUGUGCAUCUCACGCACACGCACGCACGCACGGGCUCUGCACCUGAGAGUCAGUCGCCAAGAGCGUUUUGAAUUGUGCAGCUUCCAUCUUUGAGAUACUGCUUUGGUUCAGCAGCAGCAUCUCCCGAAGUUAUCCUAGAUGUAUAAAAGGCUGGAGGAGCCAGGAAGGCCGUCAGGUCCAACCCCCCGCUCAGCACAGACUAAAGCAUUGCAGUCCUGCAUUGCAGUGUUCCAUUGGCAAGCGACAAUAAUGGGGCCGAAUGACAGUCCCUACCAGGGUGGAGUGUUCUUCUUGACAAUUCAUUUCCCAACAGAUUACCCCUUCAAACCACCUAAGGUUGCAUUUACAACAAGAAUUUACCAUCCAAAUAUUAACAGUAAUGGCAGUAUUUGUCUUGAUAUUCUACGGUCACAGUGGUCUCCGGCAUUAACUAUUUCAAAAGUACUUUUGUCCAUCUGUUCUCUGUUGUGUGAUCCCAAUCCAGAUGAUCCCUUAGUGCCUGAGAUUGCACGGAUCUACAAAACAGAUAGAGAAAAGUACAACAGAAUAGCUCGAGAAUGGACUCAGAAGUAUGCGAUGUAAUUAAAGAAAUUAUUGGAUAACCUCUACAAAUAAAGAUAGGGGAACUCUGAAAGAGAAAGUCCUUUUGAUUUCCAUUUGACUGCUUUCUAUGAGCCCACGCCUCAUCUUCCCCUGUGCACAUGUUUACCUGAUACAGCCGUGCUGCGUGUUGUACAUACUUGGAACAACAAAAUACUGUAUUCCAUACCAACAUUGACUCCUAGCAAAGAAAUGUGUGUGAAAAGCCAGUUCUUCAGUCAAAAGCCUAGUUGUGAGCAUAAAAGCAUUCCUGAGAGAUGCAUAUUGGCUGCAAAAGCCAAAGGUGGGUGAGGGAGCGAAGUGACGUUGCGUGUGCUUUUGGGGACUUGGAGUGAUUCGAAAAGUGACGUAAGACACAGUGGAAUUCUUUUAGACUCAUAACUGUUACGAAAAAACUGAUAUGAAGAACUUGAAGCUGUUAAUGUAUUUUAUUCUGAAGGACCUACUAAGGUAAAUGUAUGACCAACAAGAUCAAACUGCACCCACAUCCUGUGUUUUAAAGGUCUAAGUUUAACUGGUCAGCAUUUAAACACAUUGGAGCUAUUAGUACAUCAAGUGACGUUGAUUUAUUUUCAGCUCUCCUCCCCCUCCCCCUCCCCUUCAUAAUUUUGGUUUGUAUGUGUUUUCUCAGUUAACAUAGCUAAUAGCUCUUAUUUUCUUAAGUUUUUAACUGCUUAGGUCUUUCUGGAUGUAAGGGUAAAAAUUCAUUUGACAGACUUGUGUAUAUUUAAAGACCCAGCUGCUCCCUUGGGAGUUUGUACGUUCAAGAAUAAUUAAUCUGUGGAAUAAACGGAUUACUACAGUCAUUACGUA